GGCAAAUAAAAAAAAUAAACAAAAAAAUUUGUUAGUUUUUGGCAUUAAUUUAAUAGAAAUCAAUGACAAAAUGACUGAAAAAAAUAUUAAAAAAUUAAUUUUUAAGUUUUUCUUGCUAUUUCAGUGUAUUUUAGGCGUUAUUUGCUCUGAUGUUCAAUUACCUUCAGAUUUCGUCAAUAGUCAAAGUCACACGAAUAAUUGGGCAGUUCUUGUCGAUACUUCCCGUUUUUGGUUCAAUUAUCGGCAUGUCGCGAACGUUUUGUCCGUUUAUCGUUCCGUAAAGCGUCUCGGGAUCCCCGAUAGUCAAAUAAUUCUCAUGGUAGCUGACGACAUGGCCUGUAACCCUCGCAAUCCUCGUCCUGCGACAGUUUUUAACAACGCCAAUCAACACAUUAACGUUUACGGCGACGACGUGGAAGUCGAUUAUCGCGGCUAUGAAGUCACUGUGGAGAAUUUCGUGAGACUUUUGACCGGCAGAAACCAAAACGGCACCGCACGAUCGAAAAAAUUGCUCACAGAUCCCGGUAGCAACGUUUUGAUUUACUUGACGGGACACGGAGGCGAUGGAUUUUUAAAGUUUCAAGACUCGGAGGAGAUCACAAGUCAAGAGUUGGCUGAUGCGAUCGAACAAAUGUGGCAGAAACAGAGAUACAAUGAACUUUUUUUCAUGAUCGAUACUUGUCAAGCAGCUUCAAUGUACGAGAAAUUCUAUUCGCCGAACAUUUUGGCUGUGGCGAGUUCACUUGUUGGCGAGGAUUCGUUGUCGCAUCACGUGGAUCCAGCAAUUGGCGUUUACAUCAUCGAUCGGUACACGUAUUAUGCAUUGGAGUUCCUCGAGAAAAUUGAGCCGAAUAGUAAAAGGACGAUGGGAGAGUUUCUCACUGUCUGCCCAAAACGCGUUUGCAUCAGUACAGUUGGCAUCCGAACAGACCUUUAUCCUCGUGAUCCAAAAACUGUUCCAAUUACGAAUUUCUUUGGAAGUGUCAGGCCAAUUGAGAUUACCACCAAUUCUGUAAAUAUUACUUUAACGAAUAUGAAAGAAGAGAAUGAGCCAUUGAAGACUUUCACAAAAACCUCCUUAAGAAAUGCAGUAUUUAGCGAACAAUUUCCAUCAAAACUCUUCAAAUGAUAAACGUACCAAAAAUAAGACUUUUUAUUAAAUUUAGAAUUAAUAAAUUAGCA